GCGCAAAAUCAUAAAAAUAACAGAAAUUACUCACUCACAAACUUCAUUGUGUAUUAAACAAACACCAUUAUAUCACCCAUCCCCAAAACGCAAAUGAGUGAGAGCGUCGUGGAUGAUAGUUGAACUCUAAUUGACCGCAACUUAGUUUAUCGUAAGAGAGAAUAUUCAUAUAUAUAUCACAAAUAGAUACGGUGGAAGUGAACAGCUAAGUAAGUCUUAACCCUCUUCCACUCUGGAAAUAUCCAGCUAGCUUAAUUUAUAAGAUGGUUUUUCAUUUUGGUUGUUUUUGGUGACAAGGAUGAAGGAGUUUACAAGGUACCGAACGAAGUCGGUUGUCAUAUUAUUAGUUAAAAUGAACUUUUAACAUGUGAGCUAGCUUUUGAUCAAAAAAAAAACAUGUGAGCUAGCCAAAUUUUAAUUAUAUUAUUGAAAGUGUAAAACCUUUCCGUUCAACUGAAUCUCUAUUUGCUGGUCGUAAAUGCUUUGACCAUUUGUGUUGAUAAAAAGUUAAAAACCUUGAAUUUCAUAAAGACUCAGUGAAGUAAUUUUUUUUUAUGAUCCUGGAUAUUUUUGAAAGAGACCUGACUAUCAUCUAAUGACCGUUCAUUGGAACUAAAUCGGAGAGUCCGCCGAAAGCAUCUAAAGGGAUCGUCUUUUUCACCUCCAUUUUAAUUGACAAUGGUCAGGACUCGAACCUAAGUAGCGGAACAGUCGUGAAUUCUUUACCACCAGACCACAAACACCCGGUUAAAAUAUGGUAAAUAACAUUUCAUUGGGACGUUUUCACAUGUGAUCUCACAAAAAUGUUUCACAUGUGAUAUCUCACAAAAUGUUAAAAACAAUAAUAUAAUAGUGAGAUGGUAUAUCUCAAAUAUUAAAAGUUUUACUCAAAAAUAUUUCAAAUGAGAUACUUUAAAAUAUUUUUGAGUGAAGUUAUCAAUAUUUAAGAUACCUGCUUAAUUUUAUAUAAGAUAUUUAUAUUUAAGGCUCUUAUUUUUUUGAUCGAAAAUACAUAUUUUAUGUAUUUAUAGUCACAAAUCAGAACAGCUAAACUCUAGUCUCUCAAUAUAUAUUAGGUAAGAAAAUCUUUUGUGUAGCCAUGGAUUCCAUCCAACUUCCUCCACCCAUCAUCCUCGUUUGCCCUUCCUUGCGAUACAAAUGCUCAUCUCGCACGAAUUAUGAUAGACAUGCUAAAUUUAAGAUAGUCGACAGUCCUCAUUAUUAUCCAUUUGCCGUACCAGAAAGCUCUUUACCUUAUAGCUACUUUGGCCACCUUCUUAACCCUCUUUACUGGUACAACAACAAAGUAUUAGCAGAUGAGUCUUUUUGUGGUGCCUGUCAAUGCCAAGAAAUUGGUUCAACUUAUUACUUUUGCAAUGAAUAUAAUGUACCCUACCACAAAGAAUGUGUCGAGUCUCCCCCUUUAAUCAAAUCUCUUUGUCACCCUAAACACCAUCUCCAACUUCUCACAUAUGGUUUUUCCUUUUCCUUUGGUGUCGAUGUUCAGAAAACAACUUGUUCUUAUUGUAGUUCAAGUUGUGGAGAUUAUCCUACAAAUUUAUUUUACUAUUGUUUUAUUUGUAAGUUUAGUUUGGAUCCUGUUUGCGCGACAAAACCCUCAUUCAUGAACUAUCAUAAAAGACAUGAGCAUACCCUCUACCACUUUCCCAGAAAAGCUGACUUGAUAUGUGACGUUUGUGGGGUAGUUGAUAGCAAGUUUCUCAUCUAUGUGUGUCUUCAAUGUGAUUUUGUUGUCCAUAAAAAUUGUAUUUACUUACCAUUUGUCAUAAGAAUAUCGCUUCAUAACCACCGUCUUUCUUUUACAUAUUCUGGUCCUAGAAUAUUGUCAUGUGGAGUUUGUCGUCAAGAGGUUGAUGGCAAUUAUGGAAAAUAUUCUUGCAAUAAAGAUUGCCCUUAUGUAGUGCACUCCAAGUGUGCAAUUCGGAGAGAUUUGACACCAAAAAUUGUUUCUUUUGUGGAUAUUGUGAUCGUUUUUCGUAUGGUUUCAGAUAUGUGUAGCAAAGCGGUUGAGUCUAUAAGCAUAGACGUGCGAUGUGCUGCAAUAUCUGAACCAUUCGACCAUCAAUGCCACCCACAUCCUUUGUUCCUUAGCAAUGAACAUGGAAGAUACAGACCAUGUUCAAUGUGCGGAAAAGAGACAUUGCAAACUCUGAACUGUAUCGAAUGUGACUUCUUUUUGUGUUUCUAUUGUGCUACACUCCCAUAUAAAGUGAGAUAUGAGCAUGAUGAGCAUUUACUCAUCCUUACUUACGAAGAGAAUGCUGUUGGGUCCCUCCUAGAUGGAGAGAACCAAGUGGGCAUGAGACAUAAUAAUUCUCAUGACCUUAAGUAAUUAGUAUUGUUCCCCUUUGCACUGUAGACUCACAAUAAUAGAGUUUAGAGAGAGAGACAAAAGAGAGAAAGAAGAGAGAAGGAGGAGAAAACUCGUCAGGCUAUUUCAAGACUGGUUUUGGAGGAUCAAACGGAACUUGAUCGGGCUGAUAUUUUGUGGGAAGCUUCUUCAGUCAGUGGGUUAGAGAUUCACCGAAGGGAUUUGGAUUUCAACGGUUGGAUCUUCUGUUGUCUGGGUUUUAGUGAAGCUGGUCGUCACAGUUCUUCAGCGGGACAGUCUUGGGUGUUUGGUAAAUCCAACGGUGAGAUCUUCUCUUCUUGAGCUGAAAUUUGGCAGAGGUAUUGUCGACUUGUUUAUCUUGGAUUUGUACGGUUGGAUUAGUUUCUGGAAGCCGGAAUCUUUGUGAGCUGAGGUCGUUUGGUUGCUGCCGGUUUUGAAGCUUUGUGUUGCUCUCUUGUUGUUGUUGUUUGUGUUGGAGAUAGCUAUUUGUAGCUAGACUCUCUGUUCUGUUCAGGCUGUUGAACAGGGAGGACGUGGUUGUACUCAUACCAUUUAUAUAGUGGAUUUUUGAGUGGACUACGGUCCCGUGGUUUUUCCUUCUCACAUCGAGGAGGUUUUCCACGUAAAAAUUGUGUGUCUCAUUUAGUUAUCGCAACUUUGAUAUCUUGCCAUCGUCGAAGUAUUUUCCUCACAGGUUCGCACAAGGUCAGGGGAACACGACCGUGACAUUCCGCUGCGCCGUGUGACUUUCCCCAACAGAGUGGUAUCAGAGCUUCUGGUUUUAGAGCUUUGGUUUUGAUAACUUUGGGUUGUUAUUUGCUUGUGUGAAAGAUGGAAAAUAUGAGCAGGAUGAUAAGCUUGAAUGGUGCUAACUAUCAUCUAUGGAAGGGCAAGAUGGAGGAUUUGCUCUUUGUUAAAGAAUUCCAUGUUCCAGUCUUCGAGGAGCAGAAACCUGAGAAGAAGACGGAUGAAGAGUGGAAGCUGCAGCAUCGCCAAGUGUGUGGGUUGAUAAGGCAGUGGGUAGAUGAUAAUGUGUUGCAUCAUAUUGAGACUGAGACGGAUGCUCGUUCUUUGUGGAAGAAGCUGGAGCAGUUAUAUGCUAGGAAGACCGGAAACAACAAGAUGUACAUGAUCAAGAAGUUGAUUGAGCUGAGGUAUCAGGAGGGGACUCCGAUGACAGAUCACUUGAAUGCGUUUCAGGGAUUGCUCAACAAGUUGUCUGAUAUGGGCAUCAAGUUUGAUGAUGAGAUUCACGGUCUGU